AUGCUCCGUCCGCAGUCCGGUGACACACCUCUUGACCUCGAGCAUUCCUCAUCUUCUACCGAAGAGUCUGGCGCAGGUAGGGUGAGAUCGAACGGCCAGUUGCACUCCGCUCGUUUGGUUCCAGCGUCACUCCUGUGUGUGAUUUCAACAUCUUUCGGCGCGCUUCGCACAUCCCACCACGAUUGGAGUGACCAGGAGGUCAAUGCAUGGCACCCGCGGCGAUCCCAUACUUUGUGGCGCAUACCCAGUAUUCGCACGGACAGUCCGCUCCAUACCACGAUUGCUAUUGUCUGCCCAGGAGUCUGCUCAGGAGAUAACGGGUCUCGGUAUACUCGCGACGCUCGCCAUGCGCCGUACGCGCCGACUUCCGGAAACUGGUACCGGACGCACUUGAAGUGGACGCACCGAGCACAGCCAGUGCAGAUUCCCACCGAUCGCACCCUGGUCGGCCGGGUCUCCUCUUUUUCGGGGGACGAUGAGAUGCCCUUCGGAGUACGGGUUCCAGCACAUUUCAGCGGCACGGUGUCAAUGCGAUCGCAAAAAUCGCACCCCACUAUCAUGGCCACAUGCCUCCCCGUGUUCCGUCAAGUUGAGCCUCUUUCUGUUCUCCCUUUGACAGUGGCCCACUGUUUCCCACUCCCCGUAGAGCUUGCAAGCAUAUCCGCAACAGUCAAGCUCCGGAAACAGUGGCCGGAGUGGGCCGGGUUCCAGGAGAUGUGA